GUUGGGUACCAGAUCCGCUUUGAGAGCAGCCGCACCACAGCUACCAAACUGCUGUUCCUGACCGAGGGUCUCCUGCUCCGGCAGAUCCAGCGGGACGCUUCCCUGGGCCAGUACCAGGUGCUGAUCGUGGACGAGGUGCAUGAGAGACACCUGCACUGUGACUUCCUGCUGGGAGUGCUGCGUUCCCUUCUGCCCCUGCGCCCAGACCUGCGGCUGGUCCUCAUGUCGGCCACCAUCAACAUCAAACUCUUCUCCAGCUAUUUCAACAGUGCACCUGUUCUGCAGGUGCCAGGCAGACUCUUCCCCAUUCAGGUGAUCUACCAGCCCAUUCCUCCAGAAGAGCAGGUGUCCCGCUCGGAGAAACUGGACCCGCGGCCGUAUCUGCGUGUGCUGCAGGGUAUUGACCAGCGGUACCCGCCGGAGGAGAGAGGAGACCUGCUGCUGUUCCUCAGCGGAGUGGCUGAGAUCUCCACCAUCCAGGAGGCCUGUCAGACAUACGCCACACACACUCAGCGCUGGAUCGUCCUCCCUCUGCACAGCACUCUCUCACUGGCCCAGCAGGAUAAGGUACUUCUGCACCAGAGCAG